AUGCCGUUAUUCUACGCGGAUCAAAUGGCCGAUUCUGUUCCGGUGGGGACCUUAACUUUAUUGAAGCAAUUACAGGACCAGGGGAUGGACAAAAAUUUUCAACAUUCCUACAGAAUCUCUCUCCUUCCAGCAAUCACUGUUUCCCUAAUAGAGGGUGCUGCUUUCGGCGCUGGUGCUGAGCUGAGUCUAUGUACCGAUUUCCGUGUAGCUUCACAUGAUGCAAAGAUUUCUUUUAAGCAGGGGGAUCUAGGUGUUAUCACUGGUCUCGGUGGAGGUGUUCGUUUGAUUAACUUGGUUGGGAAGCAAGUAAGUUACUAUAUUCUGUUCAUAUACUUAUUUUUAACUUUUGGCAGUCAAGUCCCUGUUAUUUCGAUUUGCUUUCCGAAUUCACACUUUUCAGUUUACACCUAA